CAGCCUUGCUCAGCGCCGCCGCGGCCGCCUCCCCCACCUCCAGGACAACGCUCGCCAGCGUGCAGGCGCGGAGAUGGGCUUCACUCUGGCUCCUUGGGGACGAGUGCUGACCCCCCGCGUCUUCCCUAGCUCGCUGCUCCCGGCUGGCCUGUGUCUUCAGCAUCGCGGGGCCACCUGCAAGCCGCCCUCAAGAAUCCCGCCAGCUGCAUCCAGUACGCCGCCCGCCGACGACGAAAAGGUCCCAUGCAUCCGCUUUUUACACGCUGGCAAGACUUUGGGCAACCUUAGGGGGUCCUUCCGCCCCGCGGCGCGCCAGCGCCCGCUCGUGAAGUACCGACGCAUCUCCGCCGUUUGUCUCUUGGUCGCGAACUUGCAAGAGGCACGGAUCGCAAGUGGAAGGGGCUGCCCAGCGGCACAGGAGGCUGAAAGCUCCGGGGGUGUUUUACUGUCUUGCCAGCUCGCCCUCGAUUGUGGUCUUGCGAGUACCCGUCCGCCGGAUCGAAGCCUACGCUCGUACUUCAAACUCUCUGACGGUGCGAUCUCCGCCCUUCGACGACCGGUUCCACAGGAUUCUCUCUACGCCUGCAUUCCAGAUGCAGGCAUCCGGUCUUAGUUGGUCUACUGAGGCACGGACCCCGUUCACCCUGGCACACGCCCAAGUCUACCCUGGCCGCCCCCGCAUCAUCGUACCCAAGUGCAAGUGGGACAGUCUCUCGACAUUCAACCAGAACCAGCUUGCCGUACGGUUUUGCGCGGACACUGGUGCGUAUCCUCGGCAGUAUCAGCGCACCGAAGCAGG